AUGCCUUCAACACCCCAACCCCUCUUUCCGGAUCUUCCCCCUGAACUCCGCAACGAAAUCUACACAUACCUCUCCUCCCCAAGCCCAGAUUCCCAACUUUUAAAUUCGCACCUCCCCCUCGCCCUCAAAACCUUCACCUGCAAACACACGACCAUGCAUCUCUGCCCCGCCCACCACGGCUCCACCAGCCUGCUCUCUCUGUCCUCGCCAGAAGCCCAUGAAUACGCCUCGUGGCUGCUCAGCAACGGCAUCGCGCUCCACAUAACCAUCCACUUCAAUGGCCGCAUCAACACGUUCACGCUUCCCCACUGGUCCAAAAAAGUAUCUACCCACCUGCACAAACUGGCACGCCGCCACCCUUGGUUGGCAAAAGUAGCAAGCUACAAGAUCGAUGUGCUAUGGGAUCCGCUCGACGGCGCACUCCAGAGUCGACAGCAGAAACGGCGAGCGGCGCAUGUGCCGCUGGAUAUGGCGGACGCGCUUACGCAGCUUAUGCAGAGAGAUGUCAAGGCUAAGCAGGGGAGCGUGGCGUUAAGGGUGCAUUUUGAGCAGCGGUUUGCGGUCCUGAAUGCGCUUGCGGCGAGGAAAUUCGGUGUUGGCGUUUUUCUGAGGGAUCGGGAGAGGUUACGCGGAUUCAAGAGCGUGCUGAGGGAGGUGCGUGUAGUGCCGCCUAGGAUUGUGCCGGAGAGGGAGUUGGGUGCUGCGUCUGCGCCUGCGCCUGGGUUGCGGGUUGUGCCAUCGGUGGGGUCGGACGAGCAGGAGGCGUUGAUGGUUGUGGAGGAGGGCGUGGUGAAGUUGUCGGAGCGGACGCGGGGGCAGAUGGUUGUUAGGAGGAGGACGAGUGGUGCGGCGGAUGGAGUGUGGGAGUAUGGGAAGGGGGAAAUGGAAUUUCCCGUUUGUCAGAUAUUGGAAGAGUGUAUGGAAUGAGGUAUGGGUGUUGGACUUAAAAGAUUUGAUAUCCUUGAACAAUGAUGCUAUCGCAGCAUUGGUAGUAUUUUACGACAUGAACGCUAUUUCAUUUCGUUCAAAAGGAUAACGCAUCAAGCCAUAUUGUCCCGUGUACCAUUUCGUCUACGUCCCCAUUCUACCCCAAUAUCCUCCAUACUGACCAACACCUUACGCCCAAGCCCCCACCAAACUCAUCAAAAACGCCCCCACGAACACCAACAAACAAGCAUACACCCUGCGCUUGCCCCGAAGUACCUUCCAACU